GCUGUACCCUAUCCAAACUGAUCAUCAGUUUUAGUGCCGAAGUGAACAUUUUGUUUUGUCUCUUUUUCUGCAACAAGACAUCACCAAACAAAAUGCUGUUCCCAACACAUAAGCUUCCUUGUAUUCAAAAACAAACAGAAGGCCCUUGUCUUCCAAAUCUGGAGCCUUUCUCUCAAUCACACUUGUAUCAACACACGAACUAUUUACUUACAACUCUACGCGAUCUGAGUCUAGAGACAAGCGUGGAAGGGGUUUUGAGCAAUAGAAAGCGGUUUCUAGAAAUGUACAGUAAUGUACGAGCGAAUGCGUCACAUCUAUCAAGCGAGGACGACAAUUCACUGUUGCGAGCGUCUCACGCUUUAAAUUUGGAGCACCGGAAACAAUGUCUAAAGAAGAUGGUCGCUUUUAAAAGAACGCCUUGCCUUGAAGUUCAACAAAUACAAGCAGUAAAGAUGGCCCAAGACAAUAAAGAUUCAAAAGGCUUCCAGACCCGGCGAGAGCUCAAACAACAUUACAACACUGUGCUCAAGAACUGGAUCGAUCAGCAUAGCUCUCAUCCUUUUCCGAAUAAGAAAGAGAAAGCCGAACUUUGUUCACAGGCAUCCAUCACAGAGAGGCAGCUAAACAAUUGGUUUACGAACUAUCGUCGUCGACAUCUUCAACCAUAACAAGUAGCUACUCCUUCAGUUCAAAUUACAAAUAAAUAUAUACACAGUAGUUUAGUGACAAC